GGCGCAGUCCUAGCUCAGAGCUUCAGCUCUCUCGACUUGGUGCCCGGUUCCCUGCAUUUCUUAUUUUUUUCUUCUACACCGCGAAGCACCCCAUCCGUGCCCACUCCUGUGCUGCGCCCUUCUACCGCCCAGCAAGUCCGGUUCCGCACGCGUGGUUGCAGCCCCGGCUGGAGCGGCGAUGCGCCUCAUCCAGAACAUGUGCACCAUAGCCGAGUACCCUGCCCCCGGCAGUGCCUCCGCUGCCGAUUGCUGCCUAGGGGCCGCCGGCCGCCGACUGGUCAAGAUCGCCGUGGUGGGAGCCAGCGGCGUGGGCAAGACCGCUCUGGUGGUCCGGUUCCUCACCAAACGAUUCAUUGGUGACUACGAAAGAAAUGCAGGUAAUCUCUAUACCAGACAAGUCCAGAUAGAAGGUGAAACCCUGGCGAUUCAAGUUCAGGAUACUCCGGGUAUUCAGGUCCACGAGAAUGGGCUGAGUUGCAACGAACAGCUGAACCGGUGCAUUCGCUGGGCAGAUGCCGUGGUGAUUGUUUUCUCUAUCACUGACCACAAGAGCUAUGAACUCAUUGGCCAGCUCCACCAGCACGUCCAGCAGCUCCACCUGGGCACCCGGCUGCCUGUGGUGGUCGUGGCCAACAAAGCUGACCUGUUGCACAUCAAGCAGGUUGACCCUCAGCUUGGACUACAGCUGGCCAGUAUGCUGGGCUGCUCCUUCUAUGAAGUGUCCGUCAGUGAAAAUUACAAUGAUGUCUACAAUGCUUUCCACGUCCUGUGCAAAGAAGUGAGUCACAAACAGCAGCCCAGCAGCACGCCCGAGAAGCGAAGAACCUCUCUCAUUCCCAGGCCCAAGUCACCAAACAUGCAGGACCUGAAGAGGAGGUUCAAGCAAGCGCUGUCUGCCAAAGUGAGGACUGUCACCUCCGUCUGAAGCAGGCCACUCAAGGGGAUUUGGUCUUCCUGGGAAGAGGACCUGAGGUUCUUCCAGUGCAGGAAUGUUGGAUGCUGGCGGUAGUUCAUGGUUCCAGAAAGGGCUGGAGCAGAGGUGCCCAGAGGGCCUAUGGAACUGCUGCAGAAAAGGAAGUGUUUGGAGCAGGGGGACAGGAGGACAGAUGGAUGAGGCUUGAGUGAGCCCACUCUGAAUAUGUGACAUACUGUGUCUUUUCCUUUCGAUUGAAGAGGGGCGCAGACUCGCUUUGGUUUUUGUUCUUUGCCUUAUAAAUGAUGGUCAGUUGUAGUUUCACCAAAUAUAUUGAUGUGAUUAAUGAUGGGAAGGAAAGAACAAAUUAAGCUUUCAUAGCCCCCCCUUUUUUUUUUCCUUCUCUGCCCCCCAACCCCUUUUUCCUACCAGGAGAAGAAUUGCUUUUCUUUGAUCAGUGUGUUUUGCAUUUUUGGAACUCCGUUCCUUAGAGAAUACCUUUCAAACCUGAAGGAUACCCAGAUUUCCUUCUUUAAGAACAAGGAGGAACCCCGUCUCCCGCCACACACACACACACACACACACACACACACGUGGAGUUUAUGGGCCAACAUGUUCUGUGUACAGUGGAAGCUCUGGUUUUCAGGAAGGUGCUGGCUUUCCUGACACGGGAUGAGUGUGCCUGGCUGGACAUGCGUUGAAUAGCUGUGAACUCAAAAAACUGAACCCCAAACUGACGAAUUGUGAGACUGUGUAGUUUGUUUUUUAACUGUUGCUUGAGGUACAGAAACCAAAAGACAAAAAACGUGUCAAUUGAUUUUGGUGUGAUUUGAGUAAGUGGCUCAUGGCAAUGAUGUUGGGUUGCUUCCUAGGCCUGGCUGAGUCGUGGCUGUGGGUGGCUAACACACAAAACAUUAUGUUACAGAGUGACCAGAUGCAGUGGCUGCCCACCAAAUCCCCUACACAGAUGCACUUUAAAAAGCCACUCCUGCUUUGGCUUAAACUGUAAUUAAUUUAUUUUAUGUACAAUAAAUCUGAUUUUAAAAGAGUA